CCUUAUUCGUCUCAGCUCCCAAUAUAUAUAGAAGCCUAAUAUUAGGGUGGGAAGAAAGGAGGGGGGGCACAAAAAAUUCAGAAAAGCAAAAACCCUAGACAAAUCCAACUUUCCUUUGUCAGAAAAAGGCUUCUACAUGUCUUGGCACGUUGCCGGAAAUUCAAGAAUUCAUAAAUAAAUGGAGUGGUCUCCCUCAUCUGCUACAAAUGCAUAUCUUGAUACCCUCAAAUUGUGCAAUAAAUGCAAGAAAGAAUGCAGUUCAUGUGAAACACGGAUGCCCGAAAGCAAUGAACUCAUAUCAGCCUUAGCAGCAGGCAUGAGUGCAAAACUUAUAGUCGAGGUUACAUCCGAGGUUUCUCCGUCCACAGUAGCCUUAGCAGCAGCUGCUAGGCAAACGGGAGGAAAACUAGUCUGCAUUCUUCCAGAACCAAAGCUCGGCAAAUCCCAGAAAGCCAUCGAUGAUUCAGGCUUAAGUGACAUGGUAGAGUUUAAGACAGGGGACCCUGCUGAGGCAUUACGUAAUUAUGAAAACAUCGACUUCUCCCUAGUAGAUUGCAAAUCCAAUGACUAUGAAAGAUUGCUUAAAAAGUUGGAUGUGAACCCGAAAAGAUCAGUGGUGGUGGCUAAUAAUUUGUUGGAAGGGGACAAAGGGUUGGGAGGACAUGUUAAAGGAGUUGGAAACAAGACUAAGGUUAGGUCCAUGAAACAUCCUAUUGGUCAAGGUAUGGAGAUUACAAUGAUUGGGAGGAGUAAUGAUUUUGGAAGGAGGGAGAAAAGUAAAUCAGGAAGCUAUUGCAUCAGACCGGAGAGAAAGGGGGGCAUCAUCAAGAAGACGGACAAGAGUAGGUGGAUUUUUCAAGUGGAUGAAAAGAGUGGGGAGGAGCAUAUUUUCAGGAUGCCUAGAUCAGAGUAGAUGAGAAUUUUUACGGCAGAGGUGCAAGAAUUGAGGUGUGAAUUCGUGUUGAAAACUAUGCCAUUCUUUGAUCAUCUGGUUUGAUCUAUGGCGAAGAUAUUGUCGUUCAAUGUGGAGAUUACGCGCAAGGGAGAGACCGGGGGAGUAUAGAAAGGGUUCCUCUCAGCAAGAGUUAGUAAAAGUAAACAUCUUAUGUAGACUUCAAGGAGGAUGGGAGGUUGGCUGGUGAAGGAUGUUAUGUGUAUCCUAUAUGUAACUGCUGUGGCAAAAGCUUUGGUUUUCUUGUACAAACAGAUAUAUCAAGAAUUAUAUGAUUGAAAGAACAAAAACUCUCAAUUCUUGUUGUUGUCUACUUGUUAUGUUGUCAUACAGCUAAAUCCAAAUUAUACAAGGUUUGACUUAGUGAAACAGAAAAUGUUUCUCAUUCCAGUCGAGGCAUAUGUCCACUUCAGCCCAGUAGUUUUGUUUCCUAUUGGCAAAUCAACGAGCUCCCAAGCUCUAUUUUUCUCAAUGGUGGAAAUUUCUUCAUUCAUCGCUUUUUUCCAGCACUCAUCAUUGAUGCUUCUUCAAAUGUUUGAGGUUCAUUCGAAAAUAAAAACAGGUUC